AUGGCUCGCUUUCCCCUUGUGUCAGAAAACGGACUUAGUGACGCUCAGAAGAGCGCUCACGAUGGCAUUGCAAACCUCUUCUCUCGGUUCCCAAGUCAUCUCACCCAGAAGAACGAUCAAGGCCUAUUCUAUGGUCCAUAUUCCUCACUAUUUUACACGGAGGACAUUGCUGACCCAUGGCUUGCCCUCGCUUCUAAGGUCAUGCGCCAGCAUCGUUUUACAUUUAAGGAAAAGGAGCUCUGUAUCCUCGCCGUCGCCUCUGAGUACGAUGUUCCAUAUUUACAGUAUGCUCAUUCUGAAAUCGGCCUUUAUGCUGGUUUCACCAAGGAGCAGGUGCAGCAAGCGUUCCACGGAAAGCUUCCUAACGGUCUUAGCGACCGUGAAUCUACCGUUUAUAACCUAGCACUGAAACUGACGAAGCUGCGUAAGCCAUUGGAUGAUGCAAGUUUUGAACAGGCGAGAGAGAUACUCGGACAAGAUGGGGUCGCUGGCGUUGCGCAUAUCGUCAGUGGAUACAUCUAUGUUUCAAUGCUAUCCAAUAUUGCCGACAUUGGUGCCCCAAAGUCGGGAGAGGGUACGUUUGUAGCAACUAAGAACCCAGAUAUGGCAAAAGAAUAG